AUGCUACUCAAGAUACUGGGUGACGAGCAGCCUGAAAAGCCAGCUUCAGUAGGCAUCAAUAGUACUCAUCUUAAGAGCGAGAUGCUCAUUCCGAUCCGAAACUUGAUAGAGAAACACCAUCGAGCCAUAUUCAUUUCACCAGAGAUCCUCUUUGCGAGCAAUGCGUUCAAUCGAGACACUUCUGUUUCUGCUACUUUACCGUCUCAGCUUCUAUUGACUGUCAAAAUAAUGAUGCAUUUCAAAGAUUCCUACGUGGCCACAGCUGGUAACUGCAGAAAGAAUACCAAAUACAUUGAGCUACUCUUGCGUCUCCCGGAGUUACAGGAGCCACCGGUAUAUUAUGAGGCGUUGUCUCAAAGGUCAGAGUCGUAUCAGCGGCUUGUGCAAGCAUUUAGAGAUAUGGCCGUGGCACGUGCCGCCACCACAGUAGCAACCUUGGUGGUGCCAGGAUCGAACCAGAAAGACUUGCAGUCGAAAAUAUCUACCAUGCUCAACAGCGAAUGCCUGGGAAUGGUGAGGCUCUCGCGAUUUAGUAUCACAGAAUAUAGGAUAUUUACUAAAGGCACUGGAAACCUGCUGGAUUUCAAGAGGGCUGGCGGCCCCACAAUCAUCGUUACCUGGCCCCGAUUGUCCUGUGUAUAUCUAGCAUUGAAGAACAACUUCCGCAAAAUCUGUGGUCGUGGAGUAAACAACUAUGAUGAAUAUCGUCAUUCCCUAGAUCUAGGCGAUCUUGGAGGUGUAACAGCAGUUCGGACAAAAGGCUUCGUAAGUAUGCCAGUCGAGUCCCUUUUGGUCUAGGUAGAUCCGUUUGCCAUUCAUAUCUUUUUGAUAAGCAGAUUAUUGUGCUCUUGGAAAAGAUCUGUAGGUAUCCAGUUAUUUUCCUGUCCUGUAGCGUUCACUACCCAAGAAGACAUGACGGCAUGGC